AUGGGAGCAAAAUAUGGAGUUUUUGUUUUUCUGCUUCUUAUCCAUGUAAAUUGUGAAAUUUACACAUCUAUACAAAAACUAACAGCCUUAGCGGAAAUGGAGAGCAAAUUGUUUGUGGAUUUUGAGAAUUUUUUGCGGCAAUCGGAGGCCCAAGGGGCAGUUAUUCCAGAGAGUAUGACCAGAUUUUACCACGAAAGAAAAAACGAUACUCUCCUCGAUAAUUGCUCCAAUAUGGCUAAUCCUAUUAGGGCAUUCUAUCUGAUACAUAGAGUCUAUAAUGACUGGGGUGAUGUAUUGAACACCAUAAGUAGCAAUCAAACAAUUGCUACUCAGCCCAGUGUAGCAGAUUUCAGAGCUCUUUAUAGAUUAGCAAUGACAAAGUUAAGAUUUUGGCCUGUUCGCAAUGAUGUCGAUGGGUCAGCUGACAACAUUUUGCGUCUGUGGUCUACAUAUGGCUUUGACACGACGGACAUUCUGAAUGGAAAAAUAGCAUCUAUUAGCACAAGGCGAAUGAAAUCUGUUGAAAUUGAGGCAUUGUCAAACACGGCGGGACUCAUACCUCUACCCUACUACCAGCUGAUCUUGCUGUGUGAACUUUCUAAUAGAACUCACGAUGAGACUGAGAGAGACCGAUAUCGAAGGAAAAUAUCCAAGAUUUAUUAUUGGACCAUAACAAAGAAAAUUCCAAUUUUGCGUGCACCAACACUUGCUUAUACAGAUAUUCCUAAAUUAAGUCAGCACAAUAAAGUUCUGAGAAAAGCAAGCAAGACCACCAUAUCCCAAGAGGACAUUAACGAAUUGCUAGAACCACCUAGCGUUUUUGAAAAACUCUGUCGUGGCCCUCUGAAAACGAAGAAAGAGGAAUCUUUGAUGCGCUGUUUUCUAAGAGAGACCGCUGUUCCAUUCUACCUGGCAAAAGAGGAGGUUGUGAACAUUGAACCUCGGGUUUCUCUUUUCCAUGACGUUAUAUCCGACCAUGACAUCACCUAUUUAAAAAGAGAGGCAACCAAAAAGCUGAGUCAGUCGUUAACAUCAGAUGGAGUAAAUCGAAUCCGAGUCAGUCAAACUGGUUGGAUUCGCGAUUCUGCUCACCCCAGAAUCUCCAGACGUCUCAGCAAACGUAUAGCUAACAUUGUGAAUCUUGACACCACAUACAGAAAUAGAGCAUCGCCAGUCGAAGAAUGGCAGGUUUUAAGCUACACAACUGGAGGACAUUAUGGAGAACAUAUAGACCCUGUACAUACUGAAGAAUUGCUGUGGGAAAUGACAGAAAAAAAGCAGAAACAUCUACCAUUGCCCAAUAGGUAUCAGGGACAAAGGAUUGCAACCUGGAUGUUCUACCUGAGCGACGUCGAUAGCGGUGGGGCUACUGUGUUUCCUAAAUUGAAGGUCCGCGUCCCGGUGGUUAAGAGAGCGGCAGCAUUUUGGUACAACAUAAGUCCCAAUGGUGAGAUAGACCACAGAAUGGUACAUGGUGGAUGCCCAGUCAUCAUUGGGUCUAAAUGGGUUUGUAAUAAAUGGAUUCGCCAAAGUGGACAAGUGCUAAAGCGGCUUUGUGGACAAACAUAUGAAUCAGAGGACUUGUAUCCCGAAAAAUACAUGCCGUAAUUUGCAGUCGAGCCUCUUUUGUUAUGUAAAGC